AUGGACGGUUCAUGUAACAAUAAAUUGCAUCCUACUUGGGGUAUGUCUUUUACGCGAUUUGGUCGUCUCGUACCUGCAAAUUAUGCAGAUGGAUAUUACGCACCAAGACUAGCAAAAAGUGGUAAUACUUUGCCAUUAGCUCGUGUUCUCAGUCGCAUUUUGAGUCCAGACAAAAAAAUAAAAGACAAAAAGCACACAGCAUUAGUAAUGCAGUGGGCACAAGUUGCAACGCACGAUCUCAUACAAUCGGAUUUUCGCGAUGAUACAGAGGAAACUAAUUGCUGUUCGGAGAAAGGAAAAUUAGUUCGUGAUCCAGCAAAAUAUCCACUUUGUUAUCCUGCUCUUGUACCAAAAGACGAUCCUGAUUAUGCAAAGCUUGGUAUUGAAUGUUUUAAUUUAUUUGUACGUAGAAAUACGGAUGUUGCUCGCGGAUGCGCUCCAUGUAAUGGAGUUCAAAAUCAGUUAACUGCAACUACUGCUUAUUUUGAUCUUUCGCUUGUAUAUGGAUCAUCUGAUGAAGAAGCUGCAAGUUUACGAGAAUUUAAAGGUGGUAGAUUACUGGCAGACAUUCGUGGAAAUAAAGAAUGGCCACCCAAUAGUAAGACAUGUGUGAAAGAAGCUGAAAUUUGUUAUAAAACUGGAGACAGACGAACAAAUUUGGGAAUUAAUUUGGCAUUUUUUGGCGUUGCUUUGAUGCGACAACAUAAUCGUAUGGCUCAAGAAUUAUCAAAAUUAAAUCCUCAUUGGGAUGAUGAGAAACUUUAUCAAGAAACGAAAAGAAUUUACAUUGCUAUAAGUCAACAUAUCACGUAUAACGAAUUGCUACCAAUAAUACUGGGAGUAGAAAAUGCUUAUCUGGAAAAAAUCACAUAUGACACAACAAGUUAUGUAAAUGAUUACAAUUCAUCUGUGCAUGCAAAUGCUUUAGGUGAAGUUUCAGCUGCUGUUUUACGUUCUUUUCAUACUCUACUCAGUGCAGACUACAACAUGGUGAAUGAAAAUCGUGACCCACCUCAUGGAAAAGCAAAUGUCAAUAAUCUUUUUAAUAAUCCAACGAUCGUUGAAAAAGGUGACAAUUAUGAUUGUGCUAUGAGAGGAUUAGCCACAAAUCCCCAACAAGGAGCUGAUCAGUAUUAUGAUAAAAUGUUUACAAUCGACUUAUAUCUGGGGGCAAAAAUAGUAAUAACUGAUGGCCGAGCACUUGAUAUUCAGAGAGGACGAGAUUAUGGACUAGGUACUUAUAAUCAGUACCGAGAAUUUUGUGGUUUCCCUCGAGCUGUAAAAUGGGAGGAUUUCCUAGAUUUCAUUCCAUUUGAAGAUGUGAUGGAUAUGAAGAGUAUAUACGAGAGUCCGGAAGAUGUUGAUUUAUCAGUGGGAGGCUCUGUGGAAAAACUUGCGACUGGAUCAUUGGUGGGACCAACAUUCCAGUGUAUUUUAAAUAAACAAUAUUACAGAGCUAGAGUGGGGGAUCGAUUUUUCUUUGAAAAUGGAAAUUGCGGAAAUCCUUUCACUUUAGAUCAACUUAAUGAAAUAAGAAAAUACACUAUUUCGAGAUUUAUUUGUGACAAUACUGAUACAGUAUCAAUGCAACGUCGUGGAUUUGUACAAAUUUCAAACGGAAAUCCACUUGUGAGGUGCGAAUUGAUUCCAAAAAUCAAUUUAUCUCUCUGGAAAGAAUGA